AUGUCUUCCACGACUACAAGUCGACCGCCAACCGUCUCUACGACUUCCAAGGGCGACGAUGCCGAAUCCGGAGCAGUUACGGCGGAGGUCGAGACGCGAGCCCGCCUUGCACCACACCAACAGGCCGAAGACUUCAUCUGUGGGGGCGUUGCUUCCUUUGUGAACGUCUGCGCGACGUUCCCGCUCAACAAGGUCAUGUUCCGUCAACAGGUCCACGGGUUCCGUUUCUUCAACGCACUGCGGCAGCUGCGCAAAGAGGGCCUCGCGAACCUCUACCGCGGGCUUCUCCCGCCUCUGCUGCAGCGUACGGCGUCCGUCUCGCUGAUGUUCGGGACGUACCACAAGUAUCGCGACUCCAUGUUACGAUUGUCUCCCAACUCACCGUACGCCGUCGUUCACACGUUAGCGGCGCUGGGAGCCGGAACUACGGAAGCGAUUCUCGCCCCGUUGGAGCGAGUCCAGGUCGUUCUGCAGGUAAAGGACUUCCACGAGCGCUACCAGAAUACUUUCCACGCCUUUCGCGACAUCGCUGGACGCGGAGGAGUGCGCGAGUUGUACCGCGGGACCUCCGCAAUCGUCGUGCGUAACGGGCUCAGCAACGUGCUCUUCUUCGGGCUACGCCAACCGCUCAUGGACGCUCUCCCGCACCCGAGCUCCGAGCUCGGGAAGACAUUCAACGCAUUUGUGAGCGGAGCCGGCCUUGGCGCAUUCCUCAGUUCCGUUUUCUUCGCGCUGAACGUCGUGAAAACGCGAAUGCAGACCGUCGUCGAAGGACCGCACGUGGGAAUGUUGCGUACCGCGCGGACCAUCUUCGACGAGCGGGGUCGACGCUGGCGUAAGCUGUACCGGGGGAUUCACAUAAACUACACUCGCUCCUUCAUCUCUUGGGGGAUUAUCAAUGCUGUAUAUGAAUUUAUGAAAAAUAAUAUUGAUUGGUCAUAA